CUCGAGAACACUGCACUCAGCUCUGACACUCUGCGCAUGCAUGUGAGGGAGCUGUCCACAAACUUUGAUAUAUAAAUAUAGAAAGGGACCAUGGCAGAGACUAGAGAUGGAGGCAUUGCUAAUGGGGAAGCUAUGGAGUCAGACGGCCAGAAAGGGAGCGAGGAAAAGAGACCCGAGGCCAGAGAGAAAUGGGCCAACAAGACUGAGUUCCUGCUGUCUAUGGCUGGAGAGAUUAUUGGCUUGGGGAACGUGUGGCGCUUCCCUUACCUGUGCUACAAAAAUGGAGGUGGUGUUUUCUUCAUCCCUUAUUUCAUCUUUCUUUUCUUUUGUGGGAUCCCAGUAUUCUUCCUUGAGACGGCGUUAGGUCAAUACACUAGUGAAGGGGGCAUCACUGCUUGGAGAAAAAUCUGCCCCAUAUUUGAAGGUGUAGGCGUUGCCUCCCAAGUUAUAGUGAUUUAUCUGAAUAUAUAUUACAUUGUGGUCCUGGCCUGGGCUCUGUUUUAUCUAUUCAACUCUUUCUGGAGUACUCUGCCUUGGACUUCCUGUGACAAUUAUUGGAAUACAGUUAACUGCCACAAUAUAAGUGUUACCUACACAGGUUUACACGGACCUGACACUGACUGGUCUUUCCUCUACAAUGAAACGGAUAAACAUGACAACUACAGCAUGAGUUAUCAAAAUGAAUCCGAAUGGCUGCCUUUUAAAUUGAUCUCCCCAGAACAAGACUACUGGUUCCAUCGUAUGUUGCGGGUGGCAAACAGUGGUGGUCUGGGGACUGUAAAUGCUGAUCUUGCCAUGUGUCUUCUUUUGGCUUGGGUUAUCUGUUAUUUCUGCAUUUUUAAAGGAAUCAAGACCACAGGCAAGGUUGUGUACUUCACUGCUACGUUCCCCUACUUGAUGCUGUUCAUCCUUUUCAUCAGAGGAGUGACACUGCCAGGAGCUGCAACUGGAAUUACUUAUUAUCUGUAUCCUGAUAUCAGUAAACUCUCUAAUCCUGAUGUAAGUGAACACAAUACCUACUCCCCGUUUUGCAUGCUAUCUCAUUUUCACAUCCUUAACUCAUUUCCUGAAGCAGUCACUCAAGUGUUUCACUCAAUACUCAUUUUCUUCUACGCAGUGUGUCAAGGAGUCCUAACAGCGCUGGGCAGUUAUAACAAAUACAACAAUGACUGCUACAAGGACUGUAUAGCACUCUGUAUUCUGAACAGCUCCACCAGCAUUUUUGCUGGAUUUGUGGUCUUUUCUGUUCUGGGAUUCAUGGCCCAUCAGUUAGGUUUACCCAUGGAAGACAUAGCAUCAUCAGGUCCUGGAUUAGCUUUCAUAGCAUACCCUAGAGCCCUCUCUCUGUUACCUGGACCCCAGUUCUGGUCUGUUCUUUUCUUUUUUAUGGUACUCCUUCUGGGUCUUGACAGCCAGUUUGUGUGUGUGGAGAGUUUAGCCACAGCUCUUACUGACCUAUUUCCUGGAGUUCUAAGGAAGCGGCGAGAGCUUUUGGUGUUACUAAUCGCCGUCAUCUGCUUCUUACUGGGUCUGCCAUUCAUCACAAAGGGAGGAUUCCAUCUGUUUACUGUGAUGGACACCUACGGCCCAAGUGGAACUAACUUGCUCUUUAUCGCCUGCUUUGAGACAAUUGUUGUCGCAUGGGUGUAUGGUGCAAACCGUUUCUAUGACAACAUUGAGGAUAUGAUAGGAUACGCACCAUUCCCUGUGCUGAAGUACUGCUGGCUCUUCAUUACCCCUCUCAUCUGUGCAGCUACUCUGCUUUAUAACCUGCUGGGUAGUAAAUCAGUAUCUCCAGCGGAUCAGUUUGUGCCAGACUGGAGUUACAAGUUGGCACCUCUGCUCACAGUCAUUCCUAUGGUCUGCAUCCCAAUCUUCUCAUUCAUCUCUCUAGGAAGGGGUCGUAACAUCAUCACCCCCUCUAGUGACCUGAAGCAGCUCCGACCAAACAGUCCACGCCUCACACUGUUUAAUCGCGUAAUCAUUAAACCACAGAGAUCUCGACACAUUCAGGAAGAUGGAGAAGAGAAAGCAAACAAAGAACACACCAGUGGAGUUUGAGAAGGCAAAACGCUGAUUUUUUUUUAGGUUAUUAUAUAUAGGACCUUAUAUUAAAUAAUAUCUUUGACUUCAGAAAUGAGUUAAUCAUAAUAUAAAUUAUAUAUUAGAUUACUUGACAACGCAUUUAAUUACAGUGUAUAAGAUUGCUCACGUGAAAUACAUAUAACUCAGGAUGUCAAAUGAACAAAAUUAGGUUAAGCUGGAAAUUUGACUGUGUUAAUAUGCAUAAUUAAAGGGAUAGUUCGCCCAAAAAAACUGAAAAUUUUCUUUUAAUUUACUCACCCUCAGGCCAUUCAAAAUGUAGGUGACUUUUUCUUCUUCAGUAGAAUAGUGAAGACAUUUUUAGCUGAAACCGUGGUCCUUGGUGAUUCAUAAAAUGCAAAUCAGUGGCUUCCCAUUUGUAAGAAUAAAAGAAGCAUAUCAAGGAAAAUUAUUAUCCGUGGCUCCUGACGAUAACAGCUAAAUUUUCAUGUUUUGGGUGAACUAUCCCUUUAAGGGUACUGAUGUUCUUAGAAGAAAUGAAACUGUUUGUAUGAGUUCAAAUUAAGGGUUAGUGCAGCUUAGGAAAAAAAAAAAAGUUAUUAGCAACUAUAUAUAAUUAUAUAUAAUUAAUUUUAUAUAUGAUAUUUAUCACAACUCUAUGAGAACUCAUAGAUUUAAUUUUAGUGCCAAUGUGAUAAUUUGUCUCAUUUACAUUUGUCAUCAUCAUCAUCUCUCUCUCUCUCUCUCUCUCUCUCUCUCUCUCUCUCUCUUGCUCUCUCUCUCUGGUAUAUACAUACAGAUCUUUUGUUUAUUUUUUAAAAAUGUGUCAUAUUGGUGACUGAACCAUUCUUCAGAACUACUGAAUCUUUAUUCUUUAUAUAUUUAAAAAGUCUCCUUUAUACCACUUUUCUAUCCCAUUUCUGAAAUAUAAUGUAGGUUUUGAGUUAUUUUUAUCACAUUAAAACAUUAAAACUGUUCUUUCUUCUA